CCUGUUAGAACAGAAGUCACCAUGAACGGGUAUCGAUGUGGGUCUAUCGGCUGGUCUCAGAGCUCUUUGCCCUCAAAGGCAGGCUCCAGACGUGCUAAGAGCGUCUAUGGCGGUGCAGAUUGUAGAAGUGUCCGUGUGUCCUAUCCCUGCAACAACCUGGGCUCUGGUUUAGACUUGACAGGGACGUUCGGAUGCACCGGAGUUGUCGGGAACAAUUGGAGCAUUUGUGGUAGCGAGAAAUUCACCUUGCAGAACCUCAAUGACCGCCUGGCCGUGUACCUGGAGAAGGUGCGCACUCUGGAGUGCGCCAAUGCGCAGCUGGAGCGUCAAAUCCGCGACUGGUGCCAGCAGCAUACCCUAACUGUCAGGGACUACAGCAAGUAUCUGGUAAUCAUCGAUGAGCUGCGCAGGAAGAUCACUGCUGCCACACACGACAAUGCCAAACUGAUGCUGCAGAUCGACAACGCCAGGCUGGCAGCAGAGGAUUUCAGAGUCAAGUAUGAGAAUGAGAUGGCAGUGCGCAUGUCAGUGGAGGCGGACAUCGCCGGACUGCGCAGGGUUCUGGAUGACCUGACCUGUGCCCGGGGUGACCUGGAGAUGAAGGUGGAGGGCCUGAGGGAGGAGCUGAUCUACCUGAAGAAGAACCAUGAAGAGGAGUUGGUGGCUUUGCGUGGACAAGUUUAUUCCAGCACUGUCAACGUGGAGGUGGACGCCAAGCCUCAGAGUGAUUUGUCCAGCAUCCUGGGACAGAUCAGAAGUCAGUAUGAGAGCAUCUCUGAAAAGAACCGUAUUGAAAUGGAUGUCUGGUACAAGGUCAAGUUUGAAGACCUCAACACGCAGGUGACGACCAACUCUCAGACGCUGCAGUGCUCCCGCACUGAGAUCCAUGACCUCAAGAGGACCCUGCAGGCCCUGCAGAUUGAGCUGCAGUCCCAGCACAGCCAGAAAUCUGCCUUGGAGGGCCAGCUGUCAGAGACAGAGUGUCGCUACAGCAUGCAGCUGAACCAGCUCCAGUCCUUGGUCGACUCCCUGGAGUGCGAGCUCCAAGAGAUGAGGAGGGACAUCGAGAGGCAGUCCAAUGAAUACCAGGUGCUGCUUGAUAUCAAGACAAGACUGGAGCUGGAGAUCGCCGAGUACAGGAGACUGCUGGAUGGAGGGGAUGUGUGUAAAACUCUGGUAACCCAACAACAACAUAUUACAGAUGUCAAACCUCAACAAGUCACAACCCAGAGGAAAACGAUAGUGAUCGAGGAGAUUGUUAAUGGACAAGUGGUGUCACGCAUAGAAGAAGUGAAGUAGACGGACUGGAUCCCAAAACUUCUGAUGUUCCACCCACCUGCUGUCUUCUAAAAUUAACCAGGAAAAAUGUUUUGAUUUGAUUUUACCCAGGUCUGAAAACCAUCGCAUAUAGGCCUACUGUAUUUUUCUCUACAAAAAUAUGUUCAGACCUGAUGUAUUGUGUAAGCGUUGGAAAAGACCAGAUUAUAUACUGUGCUUGAAUUACAUCUUUCUUCGUUUCACUAUAUCACCCCAUUGACAACAGCUAUAUUGACUAUCCCCUAACCUGCAUCCUGGAAUACCAAAUGUACACAUCAGGUGGCGCUGUGAGCACCAGAAAGAAAAAAAUCAGAC